GAAUUUCCGAUGUAAAAUUUUGUUGUUUUUUAAACAAUAUAAAUAAUUAUAUUAUACUGUAAAGAUGUUGAAAUUCCACGGGUUAAUAAUUUGGAGGUUAGGAUCCCGAGCGAUGAUAAGAAAGUAUUCCAGUGCUAGCGCAUCUGUAUUCAAAACACAGAAUUUUGAGUCUUCUAAAGCCAUCUCUGAUAAAAAUGGCAAUAAUGAAGUAGCAGAUGUCAAAGAAAAUGGAGGUUUGUUAGCAGCAGCAUUUGCGGCACUAAAUUCAACAGAUACAGAAGAUAGAAGAAAGCCUAGCCCAAAGUCAGUGAAACAAAACCGUAACCAGAUGUUAGAUCAUCAAAUAUUGAAGGCAAAUGAUGUUAAUUCCCUUCUGCUGGUAGCUGAAAACUCUGUAGUUUCUAGAAGACAUGCUUUGAAGGUAAUUAUUAUACACAUUAUGGUCAUAUAAUUCUUAAAUAUAUUGUUUAUGAUUUAUUCUAGUUCACAACCUUUUAAGAUUUUAUGUAAUGUUUGUUUAAAUUUAUCUUAUUCUUGUAAAAAUGUCCUUAGGACCAAAGUUUGGUCACGGCAAUCAGUCUCAAUGGAGACAAGCCAUGAUCACAGGGCAGAUAAUAGUGUCUGAUUAUAAGAGCAAGCAUAGGUUCAAAUUAUGUCUAUUUUUAGUUAAUUUUAAAAUAUGGUGUUACAAGAAACUGUGAUAUUAUUUACUGAUACUCUCCUAUACUUGAUAUGAGUUAAGAUUUAAGAUACAUGAAAUGCAUGAGUAAUAAGAUGCAUACCAUCCAAUUAUUUUAUAAUUUUUACUAGUUUGACUGGUCAGCAGAUCCACUAUUAUGGUAAUAGCUUUUACAUAGCUUUCAUGUAUAGCUAUAUAUCUGUCUAUAUAGUUUUUAGUGUUCUGUAGUUACACAACAGGGAACCCUUAUAGUUUUGCUAUGUCUGUCUGUCUGCAGUUUUACUCGGAUACCCUAGGUGCUACAAAUCUGUUAUUUGGCAUAGUUAUAGAUAUUAAUUAUGCCUACAAAACUGAAAAAAAAUUUGGGUAGCUCUAAUACAAGUAAAUGGUGGAUAAUUUUUUUACCCAUCUGUUCUAUCGUGUGGGGUAUUGUUUAUGGUUUGGGAAUUCCUGACUAUUUCAAAGUCCCGGGACACGGGACAGCCUAUAAUCAAAGUACCGGGAGUUCCCGGAACUUCAAGACUUUUAAGAAAAAGUUUUUGUAUUUUUUAAGAUGGGCAAGCCUUUUUUGAUGAAUUUUAGUUGAUAUAAUUUCUGGUGAAACGUAUUAAAAAGAGGCAAUUUUUUGUAAAAAUCAACAUUUAUUAAACAAUUAAACAGAAAAUUAAAUAACCUUAAUGUUAAUUUCAGUCUUAAUAAUUGCUUUGUUUAUUUUUUUUUUAGUCAGACACAGAUGCACUUCUAACAGUUAAAUCUUAUAGUUAUGAAACGAUCUUAGUUAAAGAUCAUACUAAUUCUUAAAAACUUUACUAUUAUCUAGUAAUUCUAGUAUCGAAUCAUAGUUCAUAAUCUCGUUGUUAAUUCCCAUAAUCACAUAUUUGUUUAAUUUGUGUUGCGUACUCAGUAGUUACGUAGUAGACCAAGUAAUUAUUCAUUAAACUAACACAUGGCGCUAGGCUCCUUCAAUUAUUUGAAAAUAAAAAUAAUUACAUAACAAUUUCGAUAAUCUUGUCUCGUCUCGAGUCUUGACCCGAAAGUCCCGGGACUCGAGACAACUUAAAUUACGGAAAGUCCCGGGACUUCGAUACACGAGACGAUGCGUUGCCGGCCUUUUAAAAAGGAGUAGGCUCUUUUCUUGAAGGUCCUUAAGUUGUAUUGGUCCGGAAAAAUCGCUGGUGGUAAUCGAUUCCACAAGGAAGUUGUGCGAGGAAGAAAACUUCUAAAUCGCACAGUGGUGGACCGCCAAUCAUCCAGAUGGUAUGGAUGGUAUCGCGAGUUUUGUCGCGAUGUGCGAUGGUGAAAUUGGGCGGCUGGAAUUAGUCCAAACAAUUCCUCAGAGCACUCCCCGUGAUAGAAGCGAUAAAAUACGCAAAGAGAUGCAACAUCUCUACGUAGUGCCAAUGAGUCAAGCCGAUUGGAAAGAACUUGGUCGUCGACGAUUCGAACCGCUCUGCGCUGGAUGCGGUCAAGUAGAAGGAGCUGGCACUUCGGAGCCCCUGCCCAGAGAUGAGAACAGUAUCCCAUGUGAGGCCGAACCUGCGCCUUGUAAAGUUGCAAGCGGUGUGCUGGCACGAAAUACUGUCCCGCUCUGCUGAGCACGCCAAGCAUUUUAGAGGCCAAUUUGGCCUUCUCUUCCAAGUGACCACGAAACUGCACGUCACUCGAUAUGUGGACACCAAGGAUCCCGAUACUGGCUGAGGCAACAAGGGUAUUGCCUUGAAACUGAGGAGAUACGACAAAGGGGUUCUUUUUAGCGGUAAACGCGCAAACUUGUGUCUUCUGGGGAUUGAACUGAACUAGAUUUAGUCGACCCCAGUCUGAGACUUUGUUCAACAAAGUCUCGACUUCAGACACAAGUUUGUUCCGGUACUCGGCGACGUUUUCCCGAGAAAUAUUGGCACGGCCAGUGUAUAAAGCAUCACCAGUGCUGUCGUCCGCAUAGCAAUGAAUGUUACUGGUUUGCAACAUAUCAUUGAUAUGCAAAAGAAACAGCGUUGGUGAUAGCACGCAGCCUUGUGGAACACCAGCGUUAAUGGACUUGUAAACCGUCUACUACGACCUUGAUGCUCCGAUCUGCAAGAAAACUAGUGAUCCAAUUGCACAAUUUCUUGGGAAGCCCAUCGGAAGGGAGCUUCGAAAGAAGCGCUUUGUGCCAAACCCGAUCGAAGGCCUUCGCUAUGUCCAAACUAACGGCCAACACCUCCCCCUUGGACUGCACUGCCUCCGCCCAUCUAUGAGUUAGGUAACCUAAAAGAUCACCAGCUGAGCGACCUCGACGGAAACCGUACUGGCGGUCACUAAUCAGCUGGUGAUCUACAAGGUACCGCAUGAGCUGGCUGUUAAUAAUGGUUUCCAUUACUUUGGAGAACAAGGAGGUGAUAGCAAUAGGCCUAUAGUUGGACGGAUCUGAGCGGUCGCCUUUUUUAGGGAUCGGGUGCACCAAAGCUGUCUUCCAUGAGUUCGGGACUACGCCGAUGGAGUAGGAGUACCGGAAAAGACGCGUUAAAACCGGUGCCAACUCCGGAGCACACGUCUUCAGCAUAAUAGGUGGGACUCCAUCAGGCCCACUCGUCUUGUUGACGUCCAGGGAGAGGAGUGCUUUACGCACCGAGCGCUAUGUAAACAGCACUUCCUGCAUGGAGCACUCACACCGCGGGAUGGUCGGCGGUGUGUUCCUCCGUCAUCUAGAGUAGAGUUGGAAGCAAAAAGAGAGCCUAGCAGAUCGGCUUUCUCCUUUGCGGCAUGGGCCAGUGAGUCGUCCGUCCUGUGCAGAGAUGGCAGAGAUGGCUGACAGAAGUUCCCUUGGACAGCCUUGGCGAGAGACCAGAAUGCACGUGUACCCGAAGGGAGGCGAACUAGUUUCUCGCCAAUUCUGCCGAUGUGCUCUGACUUUGCCUUGACAAUGACACUUGAAGGACCUGGAGGCGGAAUUAUACUUCUUUUUAAGAGCGCUGGUAUUUACAUCUUGGGACGUUGAUGCAUUGGCCCAGGUUCGGUAGCACUCCUGCUUAUAGCGUGAUGCAAUUUUGCAGGAGUGACUAAACCAUGGCUGGGAUCUGCCUCCAAUAGGCACCACAGAUGAUGGAAUAAAUAAUUCCAUUCCCUGAAGUACCACAUCAGCGACAGAAUCAGCAACAACGUUGGGAUCAUCCGGCGCGAAGCUAACCCGCCCCCAAGAGUAGGAUGCAAAAAAAGACCGCAUCCCGUCCCAAUCGGCCGACCUAUAGUGCCAAACACGGCGGCAAGCUGCAGAUUGCAAUUGCGAUUGGAGCGUGAGUGGCACCUUACUCCGGAUCGGACAAUGGUCCGAAGAGCCCAGAGGGACAUCGACGGAGACCUGAUAUCCGUCCGGAUGAGAGGUCAGCAGAAGGUCCAACAUUACUUCUUGAUUUAAAUUGUAUUAUUAUCAAAAUUGUAAAGUUUUCUUUAAUCUUUUUUGAAUACCACUCCCUAUAAGUCUAUAAAAUAUAAUACAUAU